AUGGGCACUGUGGUAGGGACGCGGGUGUGGCAGGCACAGGUGAUGCUGGAGCAGCAAGUGCCGUGGGCGCGGGGGCAGUGCAAGUUCGUGAGGGUGCCAGGCGCAAUAAGCGCAGAGGACAUGGGAGUGGCGACGCGAGCGCUAGAGUUGGCGCAGGUCUACGAGAGUGCCUGGAGCAUGGGCGCAAACAGGGGUGCAGGAGUUGGCCUGGACAUGGUCGUGGGCGCUCAGGGCAUUGUGGUUGGCGUUGGCACAUGGACAAGUGCUCCUCCUCGUGCCGAUGUUGUUAAAAGCUUGAAAAAUGGCAUAAUACUGAAUCUUUUGGGAAUGGGUGCUGCUAUACUAGGCAUGCAAGCUACUGUAGGGAUAUUGGUGGCUAAGGCUCUUACUACCUCAGCUAAUCCUUAUUACCAGGGUAUUUCUCCCGGGAGUUCUCCUGUUCUUGCAUUGGAUGUGUUCUUGGUACAGGCAUCGGCAAACACCAUCCUUUCUCAUUUUUUGGGCCUCGUUUGCUCCUUAGAGUUGUUGCGCUCAGUCACAUUACCAACCUCAGAAAGCAUUCCAGUUCCUAAGGUCGCAUGA